AUGUCCGUGGGGAAGAAGCGGCAGAUGCCUAUAAAGAUCAAUGUAAGUUUAAUAACUAUAGAUAGAUACUUGUUAAUAUUAAUACAUUCAUAUUCAUCCAAAUCCAUGAGUUUCACAGACUGCACAGAUCCUCGUACCAUGAAGAAGCAUGCCGCUUACACCGAGUGGGCCGAUGCCUACUCCUGCACGAGGCAUCGCUGUCAGCCUGGUGGAAGAAACCUCGCUAUUUAUACUGUUGGAUGUAAGCGCGUCGAAGCACCAGAAUCGGCCAUCGAGUGUGAGGAGGUGGUUGAAGACACCAACAUGCAGUUUCCGUACUGUUGCACUCGGCUAAGAUGCCUGGUGGUAGUCCGUGGUGAGGUCUGGACCAGAGUCCUUGGUCAACCCUGGGAAUCCCUGCCUGCAGCGCCCUGGAGCCAUAUGUACAAGAUGAAGAAACCCCCGCCGGGAAACGAGUUUUUACCCAAAAGCGCCAACGAGGGUCCAGUAUACGAGCUGACUGACAAUGAAAACGAGAAGCCACGAGAAAAGGUACUGAGGGCAUCCAAGGUGACCCCCGAAUCUAAUUAUAAUGAGGCGGUGCCCCGAGCGGCACAAGCACCACCUUCUCCCGAUAUAGUGAUCGCCUUGACCACCAGCAAUGAUCAGAAAGAGAUGGGUGAUAUGAAACAGGAGAAGGGUGAACGAAAACGACACAGCAAACCGCCCAGUCAAUAUUUCGAAGAGGACAACGUUGAACCGCGAGAGGGCGACGCCGAGGGGAAAUCGAACGAGAAGGGUGACACAGUGGAUAUGAUAAAAAGGUGGACGGAGAAUCGGAAAGCUGAAGAAUCUAAGCAAGUAGACCAGUCAGCUGAGGGCAGAGAAGUGAGGGAAUAUUACAGCUACUCUUACGGACAAACGCAGAAACCUCAGGGUCAACACAACCGCGCCUCUUGGACUGAAGUUCCACCAGCUCAAUGGAACGAGCCUGAUCAAGAAACUCCUGUUAAGGCACCUCCCUAUCAAGAAGCCUAUCACCAGCAAGAACAGCCUGUUGCUCCAGAGCCUGACAAGAAAUCUGGGAAACCCAACCUUCAAACCUUAGUUGACGCUAUUGGUGACAGGAUGAGGGACAUUGAAGACGUGGUUCACAAAAUGAGCGAGAAGGUCAAAGUACAGAAACCAGAAGACCAGGAGGUCAGCGCUGAACGAGGAGUUCAACAUGACCCUGAGAAUCAGCACAGUAAAUACUCGGAAGAGAAAAAGCCGAAGAGGCCAAAUAUGGGUGGUGACCAUUACAAAAGGUUCACGGUCAAGAAUCGCGGCAGCAAAUACCUCCACGGAGUCUUAGACGCCUCCACUGAAGCACCCAUGUAUAUAGAAGACAAUGCCAAUGGGUACUUUAGCGAUGCAAGUAACAGCGUCCUGAGGAGGUCCAACCCAAGGAUCGAACCAAAGGAACCACAACAAGCCCCAACUUACAUGGCGCCGGUAGAAAAUAGACGCAAGACUCACCCGGUCUCACCGGUUUCCGAAGAAAAGGUGGUCAAGAAGCACAAGAAACGAGCGCACAAGAAGAAGAAGAGGACGGGGAAGGUUCACAAGAGACACCACAAAGAUGGAAAAGAUAAAAGGAAGUUCAACAGAGCUAAUUCAGUUGAAAAUGACAGGAUAGUCAUAUCGCUGGAGGAUAGCAGCGCUGUUAACAACUAAUGUGUAAAUAAAAAUUCGUUUACGUCGUAUCUACAUUAAAUAUAAAUUUAAGUGUACGUGUGUAAGAAAAUACGCCUUUAUGAGAAAGUCGAUCUUUCAUAGCAUAAGUU